AUGAAGUUCCUCGCUAUCGCUGCCCUUGCAUCUGUCGCGACCGCCGUCAACGUCGGGAUUACCUUCCACGGCGCCCGCGGCGAGUCUUACACGGCGUCAAUCCCUACCGAUCGCACGAACGUUCAGUUUGACAACCCGAUGGUUGUUUACUCUGUCUCCUCUACCAAUGGUGGAUUCUGCAAUAUCGUUGGCGUCGACGGAGAAACGGUUGUGCUGUACUCAGCCACGGAGAAGACUCUGAAGAAGCCUCAGGCCAUGAAGAGUGGCAAUUGCGGAACUAUCUAG